GAGUAGUACAAACCAUAUCUUUGGCGGUUAUCUCCACGAUUACACCUUUUCGAAGAUAAAGUGCGUAAAUCCUUAAACCAAUCACUCAGGUUUGAAGGAAGAUGAAUCAAAUAAUUGCCUCUGUUUGCCUUCUGGCGUCGGUUUUCCUGGUGGGCCAGAGUCAAGAUUUACCCGUACUUGCAACCGCUGCCUCGGGCUGCCUUUAUCACGGAAAGCAUUACCCUAUUGGGCCAUUCAAACCCUCUGCAUGUGAACCUUGUCAUUGUACGUCCUCUGGCCAAGCGUACUGUGCCAUUGUGGACUGCUUUUUCGGUGGCUGUGUCGAUGCUGUUCAUGAUCCGGACCAUUGCUGCCCGGUAUGUCCAAAUGGAAGAAACUGCAAGGCUCCAGACGGCACAAUAAUUAAGCAUGGUGAAACAUAUUCUACCGCUGAUAUGACGUGUCAUUGCUCAUUCGGGACAAGGGCAGAAUGUGCCCUAAAACUAGAGCCAAUCAAGAUUGUGGAUCCGAUCCAAGUCAGCUAGACUUGGGAAACCAAUAAAAAUGCAUUUGUUGAAUUUAUUUGAUAAAGACAUAUUUAAUAUUAUACAAAUAUU